ACUUUAAUAUGGCAGCGUGGUGGUUUACGGGAACUCCCAUUGUGUACACACCACCUUCAAGGUCAUGUGGAACUUCUCCAGCAGUAUACACUUCGAAAUGGAGAAGACCCCGACCAUGUAGGCUUCCUCCAGGAGGUGUUAUUACUGCUUCUGAUAAAUCUCCUUAACUACGUGCUUUUGUGUCUCUGUGUCGGAUUUUUCAAGUUCUAUGCAAUAAUAAAGUGUCUGUGGUUUUAAGAUUUGGUUUCUUGUCUCAAGUGUAGUAAUUUAGUACACUUUGUCACGUAUUAUGAGUCAAUAAACGAACUAAUACUUAUGGUUAAGAUGAGUCGAUGAUGGAUUACUAAUGUUAUAAUAUUAUCCGGUAUCAUCAUACUACGUACGCCUUCCUCAGUAAUAUCAAUAUGUUUAAGGUUU